CUUUUUUUUCCUCUAGUUCUGUCGUUCGAUCGGUUUCAAAACCAUGAAUGAAGAAGAUAUCAUACGGAACAUAAUGAAGAGUAUAUCAUGACGGAACAUAAUCAAAAAGAUAUCAUGACAGAAGUUUACGGCGAGGAAAAAAUAGCAGUCUUCUGGGACAUAGACGAAAGCAAGGUCCCUGAUGGGAAAAGUUAUGGUGAGGUUGCGGAGAAUAUCAAAAAAUCUCUUCGAGAUUGUCGUUAUACGGGUAAGAUGACAAUGCUGGCAUAUGGAGAUACGAGUUUGGUCAAGGAUGAGCUUGCUGCUUCUGGAAUCACGCGCCUGGUCCAACCCUUGGCCCCAGAAGACGAAAAUCAAAGUCUUAAAUUUGCUUUGUGGGUCUGGGAAUGUCAUCAUCGUAGAGAAAGAUGGAAUCUGUUGUUCGUAUUGGGAGACAUGGCAGAAAAGUUCGAUUUCGGGAGGCAUCUUUGCCACUUGAGAUGGCGUUUCAACGUUCUCGUAUCACAGUCUCCAUCCGCACAAGGACCGCUAAUCUAUGCUGCACGUAAAAUAUGGGACUGGCCCGUUCUCGCUCAAGGAGGAUCCCCUAUCCCCGAUUCCCAUAUAGAAGAGCAGGUUAACAUAGCAGUCAUCUGGGAGGUCCCCGAUGGGAACAGUUAUGGUGAUGUUGCGGAGAAUAUUAAAAAGUCUCUUGGAGAAGCUCACUUUACUGGGGAGAUCACAAUGAUGUCCUAUGGAGAUACGAGUCUGAUCAAGGACGAGCUUCUUGUCGAUCGCUGGAAUCACGCCCAUUGCGGAACGAAACAACAGUGUCCCAGGAGGAACCAGUGUGAAAGACAAGCCUCUAAACAGAGUUAG